AUUGUACGCCCCUCAAGAUCAGAUUACCUGAUAUGCACAGCCACAUAGACAUGUAAACGUGGCAUUACAAGCAGAAACGGAGAAGAAGAGAGUCAUGGAUAAGAUUUACAGUAUCGUGUAUUUUGGAUCUUUUGUGCUGAUGUUUAACCGAUUAUAUGCUGAGAAUACAUUGGUUACAGAUAUCGUGUCAUUUGAUGUCACCAUAGGGGGUGAGGAUGUAGGUACGAUAGACAUUGGCCUGUUUGGAGAUACGGUACCACUCACUGUGAAGAACUUCGUACAACUGGCGUCUGGGGCGGAGGAGUAUAAGUACGAGGGGAGUCCAUUCCACAGGGUGAUUGACGACUUUAUGAUUCAAGGGGGAGAUGUGGUGUAUGGUAAUGGUUCAGGGGAGACAAGUAUUUAUGGUGGGAGAUUUGAAGAUGAGAACUUCCUAUUACAACAUUAUGGUGCAGGAUGGAUCAGCAUGGCUAACGCAGGCGAAAACACCAACACCUGUCAAUUCUUCAUUACCGCACGGAAUACGUACUGGCUGAACGACAAGCACGUGGUUUUUGGCAAAGUUCUUCGGGGCAUGUGGGUGAUACGUCAGAUCUUGAAUACAAAGACAGACAAGGAGACGGACAAACCACUGGUCCCGGUGCUCAUAUCGAAAAGCAGGAUUUCAAAACCUGAUAAGACAUUCACAGUAGCCAAAGUUGGUGCAGAUUGGAUGGUUUAAGAAUAAACGUUCUGCUUAGAGAUUAGGGAAGCGGUCCCAGUCUUACAGAUCAUGUUAAUCUGCUAUAAAUAAUUCUGGCUGCUCGUAAUCCAAUAGUCAGUACGUCUUGUUUUCUGAUUCGUGAAAUGUCGUAUUAUAAAGGACUAUUGGGGUGUUAUUUUCAAAAUUUCAUGUUUUAACACUGUUGCAGUACUCUUAAUGUAAUCAGAUGUUUAAGAACAUAUUUAACUCUAUGUCUAAGGUAAGACAUUCGGCCUUUUCCGCCCGAUUCCGUACAUCGGGAUUUUCCGAUUGUUAUGGAAUAAAAGAUUGCCGAAAUAGCAUUGAAAUUGCCGAAUAUCUUUACCUUAAGUGUAAAGUUAAUAUCUGAUCGGUUUGAAAAUAAAAAAACUACUUAAGUUGACUUUAAACGUCGAUUUUAAAAGGCGGCACACAUUAGUUUAAGGCUAGUGUUGAAAUGUUGUACAAGGCAGCAGAGAAAGUACCAAAAUAGUCAUUGCAACUGUGUAUCCAUUGUAGAAUCAAAUCUUGCUCAAAUAUUCUUAUACAAAAUGUCAAAGGGAGUUUCUGAUAUUGCGAUUUGUCAAGAUGAAAGGGACUUAGAGAUAUUUUUAUAGAUCCAGAAAGUAUUAUUAUUUUCUUAACUAUUAAUAUUUCUUUGAGUUUUUUUUCUAAAGAAAAUGAAGAAUAGCAUGGCGUUCAAAACUCAUUUCCGGGCCAACAAUAGUCAGGCAGGCUGAACCCUUUUGUCGUGACGGGUCACAUAUUGUUUAAUAACGACGAAAAAGUAUUUUCUUACAACAGCUUAAUCCGUCCAUAGGAUAAAUAAAAUAAAUCAGAAUGUUCUGAAAAAUAUACUUCAUUCAGACAUUUAGAAUUUUUUUGGACAUUUUCGCGUUUUCUUAUGUUAUACAUGAAAGAUUUGCUAUAUGUGAUAACAUUGCUUGAAAUAUUGUUUAAAAUUAUUUUUGAUGAUAUUUUUGUCAUUGUUACCUUUGCUUGUUGUAAUAAAACUUGUCAUGGAAA